AUGGCCGGGGAGCUGAGCCAGGAGGCGCUGCUGGAUUUCUUGUGCCAGGCUGGGGGGCGAGUGACCAACGCCUCCCUGCUGGGCCACUUCCAGCGCUUCCUGCGGGAGCCCGGGGCGGCCGGGCAGGUGCAGCAGCGCCGGGAGCAGUUCAAGGGCUUCGUCAACGCCGUGGCCACGGUGCAGCAGGCGGCGGGCGGCCCCAAGUACGAUGAGGGGAGGGACCAGGUCCAGGGGAGGAGAGGCCGGCGCCUGCUGCUGUCCAGGAAGAUGUCCAGGCGGGCAGUAUUGGCCUCCCCAGGUGUGGACGCUCCCAUCACUUUCCUGCACUUGGACUUUUUGCAAAGACAGGUGUGUGCGGCCACAGAGGAGGUUCUACCAGCCUCCCAUGGGCCUCCUGACUCCAGACCCUCCUUGGUGCCCCUGGAGCCCAGGGAGCACAACUGGAUCGUCAUGGUGGCCGCUGGCUCCUGGCUGCAGGUCCGGGCGCUCUUCCUGGAAGAUCCACAUCUUGCUUUGCAGAGGGACUUUAUCUCGGGCUACACGGCGCUCCACUGGAUUGCCAAACACGGAGCCACUCAAGUGCUCCAGGACUUAGUCAGUGGGUCCCAGAAAGCCGGCAUCCCCCUGGAUGUGAACGUGAAGUCCAGCUGUGGCUACACCCCCUUGCACCUAGCGGCGAUCCAUGGACACCAGAGGAUCAUGAAGCUGCUGGUCCAGAAGUUGAACUCUAAGGUCCACAUGCGGGACAGCAGCGGAAAGAGGCCUUGGCAAUACCUGAGCAGCUCCACCUCUGGAGAAGUGUGGCAGCUGCUGGGGGCUCCAAAGGGCAAGACUAUCUUCCCCACCCAGCCUUUAGUCAGACACACCUCGCCCUAGGUGUCCAGGAACAGCAGCAGGAAAACCUCCCUCGCGGCCUGCCUGAAAACACAGCACAUGAAAUGGAAAAUGGCCGCCAAGUACCCCGCCCUGAGGGAGCGGGAGGAGUAUAGUGACUGACAGCCCGUGGGGCAGAGCACACGUACAACGAGUCUUGGGUGUCUGCUACCGAGUGGGCCAAGCUAGAGGUGGAGGCGAGGGGGAACUUUCUGGUUAAUUAACUAUUUCGCUGCUUCUCACUGGACCCUUUUCUGGCCUGUCUUAAAUAGAAACAUUGGUCUGGAAACGGUCUGCUCGGUGAGCUAAUACUGUCACCGCUCCCAGCCACAGGGGAAAGCCCAAUUUGGGAAGCAGCUGGGGACCCUC